AUGGCCGCCGAGACGCCGGACCUAUCGGAUUCGAAGCGCGACGCGGAGAUCGCAGACGUCGACCCCGGGGAGGAGUCGAACUUCGGAGUCGAUGAGAAGAAGCUCCUGCGCAAGCUUGAUGUGCACAUCGUGCCGCUGGUUAUGCUGAUGUACACUUUCAGUUUCUUGGAUAGAGUGAAUAUUGGUAAUGCGCGUUUAUACCAUUUGGAGAGAGACCUUGGAUUGGUGGGCAACCAGUUCCAAGUCGCCGUCUCGAUUCUUUUCGUUACAUACCUGCUCUUCGAGGUGCCCUCGAAUCUGGUGCUCAAGCCCCUGACGCCCCAACGCUACAUCUCCUUCAUCGUACUCGCAUGGGGCAUCAUCGCCAUGUGCACGGGUUUCGUCCAAAGCUACGGCAGUCUCAUCGCCGUGCGCCUGCUCCUAGGCGCCGUCGAGGCGGGUCUCUUCCCCGGUCUCACCGUGUACCUGACCUUCUUCUACACGAAGCGCGAGCUAGCGCUGCGCGUCGGCUACCUCUUCGUCAGCGCGGCCGUCGCCGGCGCCGUGGGUGGCCUGCUGGCCUACGGCAUCGGCCACAUGGACGGCGUCCGCGGCAUGAGCGGCUGGCGGUGGAUCAUGAUCAUCGAGGGACUGCCUUCUAUCGUGCUGGGGGUUGUCGUGUUCUUCCUCUUGCCGAACGACCCUGAGCAUGCGUACUUCUUGUCGCCCGCGGAGAAGAACUUCAUGGUUGUAAGGCACCGCCGCCAUUAUGGCAGUACGGAGAGCGCGCAGCGGUUCAGCAAGAAGGAUAUGAUGGCUGCGUUCAAGGACUGGAAGGUCUGGGCUUUUUGCUUCGCUCAGUUUGGCGCUGAUACGAUGCUUUAUGGUUACUCGACAUUCUUGCCUACGAUCAUCAAGGGCCUGGGCUCUGGGUCCACGGCUGAGAUCCAGUUGCUUACUAUUCCCUGCUAUGCUGUCGGCGCGAUAACUUAUAUGAGUGUCGCUUACCUCUCAGACCGGAAGCAGAUGCGCGGUCUAUUCUGCGUCAUCUUCGGCGCUGUCAGCGUGAUCGGGUACGGGAUCCUGAUCUCUGAUACUCCAGCAGGCGUGCACUACUUUGGGUGUUUCUUGAUUGCUACAGGAUUGUACGUGAUUGUAGGAUUACCGCUUGCUUGGCUUCCUAACAACAGCCCGCGCUAUGGUAAACGCACAACGGCCAGCGGCAUACAGCUCACCAUCGGAAAUUCCAGCGGAAUCAUGUCUUCAUUCAUCUAG